AUGGCCAAGACCCUCAACGGGCUCGUCUCUCUUGCCCAACGCCAGACCGUUUCCGGAACGGAGCUCCUCGCCGACCUCAAGACCCUCCCGGAGGGCGCCCUGUCGCCCGCUGGCUCAACCAUCAAGAACAUCCUCCUCGCCAACCGUGCUGCCGCGUCUCCGCAGGACCUCACCACCGUCUACACCCCGCCAGGCGCCCUCGGCAGCCCGGCGUGCCGCGCCGACGCGUGCUGCGUCUAUAAGUACGUGGCCGCCGACAUGGCCGCCGUCUUUCGCGACGCUUCCUCGGGCGAGUGUACCGAGCUCGCGCGCCAGGCCGUGCGUCUGGGCUUUCACGACGCCGGCACCUGGUCCAAGACGCGCGGCGGCGGCGGCGCCGACGGGUCCAUUAUCCUGGCCACGGAGUGGCUGCGUGCCGAGAACCGCGGGCUCGAGGCCAUCGCGGCCGUCGUGCAGGUGUGGUACGACUUGUACCACCCCCACGGCGCCAGCAUGGCCGACCUGGUCCAGCUGGCGGCCAACGUGGCGGCCGUGUCAUGCCCGCUGGGGCCUAGGGUGCGCUCGUUUGUCGGGCGCAAUGAUAGCGCCGUGCCCGCGCCCGAGGGCCUCCUGCCGGAUGUGAAUGCCGAUGCCGCGUCGCUGGUGGCCCUGUUCGAGGAUAAGACGGUCGUGUUGGGGGAACUGAUUGCCCUCAUUGGCGCCCACACGGCGAGUACCCAGCUGUUUGUGGACGUGUUGAGGGCGGGGGCUCCUCAAGACUCGACGCCGGGAGUGUGGGAUGUCUCUUGGUACAAGGAAACCAUCAGCGAGUCUCCCCCGCCUGGUGUGUUUCGGUUUCCUAGUGACGUGGCCCUGUCACGGUACCCCGGAGCCCAAGACUUCUGGACUGCCUUUUCCAACGCAGCAGAUGGUCAGGCCGUGUGGGCUGAUGGGUAUGCCGGAGCCUACGUCCGGCUCAGUGUGCUCGGUGUCGAGCACAUCAAUGACUUGAAGGAGUGCACGGGUGUGCUGCCCUUGCCGGUCUCUAAGGCCCCUUGA